UUCAGUUCGCAUUCAGUUUGUCAACGCGUCGCAUGCGUGUUCGUACGGGCAGUCCAGUCGCAGUCCCAGUCCCCCCAUCGUCGCAGUAAAUAUUUUUUCGGGAAAUUUCAACCCAAAACGAGCAGAAGAAGUGCCCCGUGCCAGAGUGCCAGAGUGUGUGAAGUGUACGAGCAUAUUACUGAAAUAUUCAGUUGCGAAAUUUCCGCUGUGAAAAACAUAAAAGAAAACUCACCCAGGAACAUGCCGUCCUACGGUUCAACAGGCUGCCUGAUGCUGGCUCUACUCUCCCUGCUGCUGUGCCUCAACGCAGCUUCUGGAGUUCUUCGCUGCUGGCGUUGCUCGACGGACGUCUCGAAUGGGGAGUUCUGCAACGAUCCCUUCCAGCCGGACAGCAUCUCGGAGCAGCAGCGCUACUGGAGCUACGUGAACUGCACCUACUCGGUGGGUGUGAAGUCGGUGAAUGCGCGUCCCGUGUGCAAGAAACUGGUGCAGGAAGUUUACGGCAAGCGGGUGAUUUCGCGUUCCUGUUUUUAUGAGGAUAUGGACGAUCCGGCAGACAAGUGCGCCAUGGACCAGACCUCGUCCUACAUCAAGACCGUCUACUGCCGCACCUGCACCACGGACGGCUGCAAUGGAUCUGGUGGCAUAUCGCCGCUGAUGGCUCUGCUGCUGCUGCCCCUGCUGGCGGCCCUGAGGCAGCUAUGCAAAUGAGCCCCAGGACUCCAGGGGGGUCGCUCUUAAUUACGGAUGUGCAAACUGAAUUGAAGCCAUUACAAGAUUUUCGGCGCGUUUUGCACAUUUGGGCUGCCCCGGAAUUAAGGAAAUUGAAUUUCUUCAUCGAGUUUUAUAGUCACUAUGCCACAUGCCACAUGCCACACACAGAUUCACAAAAUGCACGCAAACGUAGAGGGGUAGAGAUGUAUAUCUGUAUCUCCAGCACAUCGAGCCACAUUUGACGUCAUCAUCGAGGACUGCAUCAUGCACAAUACAUGUCACUUGGUCACCCUCUCAAUCAAUCAAUCAAUCAAUCCAACAAGCAAUCAGCUAAUCGUAGUCCCAACUAUUGUACACACCUCGAAUCACAUCAUACAACACACUCGAUCACACACACACACACACACACACACACACUUAACUUUGUUGUAAUUUGUAUGUAUGUACAUCUUUGUAAUACCUUUAAUAUUGUAUUUGUAAUUGAAAACGGAAAACGCGCGCACACGCACCCGUCACGCGGUUUGUGUGUGUGUGUGUCACGUAAACAAAAUAAAAUAAACCGUAAUUAGAUGGU